AUGUCUUUAGUCCAGGGAUAUGAUACAGAUAGCAGCGAUGAAGAUACUCAGGAUUUUAACAAGAAACAUAAGCUUCAAACCCCAAAAUUGAAGAGCAAACGACCUAAGCGCAACGGUAAGGGUCCAUGGGCAAGUUGGGAGAGUUCCAGCGAAGCAGAACAAGAUGAAGAAGUUCAAACGACUAACAUACCGAAUGCCGGAAAUUCUGACAUGGGUGAUGAUAUAGAUUCAAGUGUAUCUUUUAACCAAGAGAAAUCCACUUUUGUAGGAAAGAGAGAGAAGGAUUAUCAAGGCAGAUCUUUUAUGCAUCCACCGAUUGAUGUUGAAGUAGAUCUCAAAAAAGAACCUCUAUCAUUCAAAUGUUUUUUACCUAAAAGAAAAGUAGCAGAGUAUACUGGCCAUAAAAAUGGUACUACGUCUCUCAGGUUUCUACCUCAUUCUGGUCAUUUGUUUUUAUCCGGCGGAAACGAUAAAACGAUAAAAAUAUGGGACUUUUAUCACAAUCGAGAACUUUUAAGAACUUAUGAAGGACACUCUAUGACCAUUAAAGACUUAAAUUUCACUCAUGAUGGUGAAACGUUUGCCAGUGCAUCUUUUGAUAAAAGUGUUAAAGUUUGGAAUACAGAAAGAGGAUCUAUUUCAAAACGUUUACGCUUUAAUGCUGUUCCAAAUUGUAUUAUGUUUCACCCAGAGGAUAAAAACCAAUUGGUCAUCGGGUUGUCAAAUUCUGAAAUUUUGCACUAUGAUUUUAGAGUAGAUGAGAAGGAUGGUAAAAUACAAAAGUACGAUCAUCAUCAAGGUUCAAUCCUAGCAUUAAAAUAUUUUCCUAAUGGUAAAAAACUAAUAUCAUCAUCAGAUGACAAAACUGUUAGAAUAUGGGAAAAUCAAAUCAAUGUGCCCAUUAAGCAAAUUAGUGGCACAACCCAGCAUUCGAUGCCCUGGAUUGAUAUCAACCCCCAGGAACAAUACUUUUGCACACAGAGUAUGGAUAACACAAUAUAUACUUAUUCGAUGAUGCCAAAAUACAAACGGCAUCCUAGUAAAAUGUUCAAGGGUCAUAGUACUGCUGGUUAUGGAAUUCAUUUUGCAUUUUCUCCUGACGGACAAUAUAUAGCCUCUGGUGAUUCGAAAGGACAAACCUUUAUAUGGGAUUGGAAAACUACCAAGGUGUUAAAAAAGUUUAAGCCGCUAUCAAACAACCUACCAAUCACCUGUCUUGCCUGGAAUCCACAAGAAACAAGUAAACUCUGCUGUGCUGGAAAUGAUGGAAGGAUUGUAGUAUUAGAUUAA